CACUCAGCAGCUUCAUUAUUUGCAAUCUAUUGCUUCAUCGGCAGGCACGCAUCCGGGCAGAGCAGGCUUGAUCUCUUUUGUGUGCUUCCAGAUUUUAACAUUCAAUUGUAUUAUAUAUCGUUCGAAUUAGGACUUACUCGUAACAUUGAAUAUUAAUUUAUUUUACAUUUUAAAUUUGUGAAAGUGAUUACUUUUAAUCGUACGCUAAGCGGUUAUCUUUAAGUGAUUCCAUUGUGUAAACGUUACGAAGCACAUAACGUACAAAAGGUACUUGAACUCGAUCUUUGUUUCGAUAAUUGACCAUGACAAACAACAAUUACUACAAUCAUCAAUCCAGUACGAUGCCGGAUUUGGUGGCCAUUUUGGCCUGCGAAAAUGCCAAACAACAGCUUCCUCGUCACUGCGGUAAUCAGGGUUACAACGUUAAAUACUAUAACAAUUGUCAGACACCGUACGUUCCGCAGAUGUAUGGCAACUUUUACCAAAAACAACGUUUUAUGCCCUACCCAAAUCGCAACCAAAUUCAGCCCAAUCAGAGCAACCAUUUCCAACAGCUGAACACUAAUGUCAGCUACACAAGCGGAAACGGUGCUGCGAACAAAUCACUGAACUCAUCGCUGAAUAGCAGCGGUUCCGACUCUGGCAAGAACACCACCUUCUACAGUGGUGGUAGUUCGAAUAGCAUCAACGGAAGCAAUUCUAGCAACACAAGUCAGUGCAGCACUAGCAGCGGCAGCGGCACGGGAAGUGGAUAUAAUUGUACCUACGGUACCAUGCAGCCGGCCGUCGAUCAGAAGGAAAUGGUCGUGCUGCAAAUCAGCAACCUAGACCCGUCGAUCGACGAACACAAAAUGCAUCAGUAUUUGCUUUGUCAGUUAAAAUCGAUCACGCCUGUGCUCUCAUUGACCAUUGAAAGCCCUUCGCUGGCGAAGGUCAAGGUCCCCUCGGCACAAUUUGCCAAAUUGGUGGUAGCGAAUCUUCAUCGUAAGAAGAUCGGUCACAAGCGCAUGGUCGUGUCCUACAUCAAGGAUCCGUCGUCGGCCGAAUCUUCUGCCCUCCGUUGCCAGGUCGCUGGUCUACUGAAAGACGUUCCCUUCUACAGUCUACCGAUUAACAAAUUUCGCGAGCUGUUCCAAUCACGGUUUAAAUCCUCGAUCAGCGUACUGGACCUCUAUCGCAUGCCGGAUGUGUGCACCAUUACGCUGGACAAGAACGAGGAGAAGUAUAUCUGCCUGCAGCCGGAUGUGAUUAAUUCACUGCAGAGCAACCCACUGGUGGAGUCGUCGCAGCACAGUGUGCCGUACUGUAUCUAUCACUUCAAGCAGGAAAAGGAGAAGGGUUGGGCUGAGCAGGAAAUUGAACCACUGCCCAAUGUGACGAUGAGCAUUAGUCAGCUGCAGUCGGUUGUUUAUUCGCUGCUCAAGACACACAAGGAUGACAUUCCGGUGGCAAGUAUUCUGUUCUGCAUCGAGAAUGAACUGCAGAUGAAGGUCGUCCCGAACGAAGCGGGUGUUCCGCUGGAGCAUUUACUGUGCUGCAUCAGAGGGGUGCAGAUCGUGAAUAACAAUUUUGGCAUCAAGGUGCUUACUUGGCUGGAUCACGAGCUCAAUUCUACAAAGGACAACGAUGAUGCCUCUUCGGUGAACCUGCGCUACAUGCCGAAAAGCCCGAGCAACGACUUCCUGCAGCAAAUUUCACGGGAAGUCGUAGAGCUGAUCAAAAUGUCGCCGAAGUCAACGAUGAAAUUCACACGCUUCAUUCCAGCCUAUCACAACCACUUCGGAAAGCAGUGCCGCGUGGCCGACUAUGGCUACACCCGGUUGAUCGAACUGUUCGAGGCCCUCUCGCCGGUGGUGCAGGUGAUGGGCGAUGGUGAAAACCGUCAGAUAACUCUCACCCAUCGUACCCAGAUUCGGCGGUUUACCAGUGAUUUGCUGAAAAUUCUUCGUGGUCAGCUAAACAAAUCGAUUAUGCUCUCGCAGCUGCCAAUUAUUUUCUCACAGGUCCAGAAUAGAAUAUUUGACGUGACGGACUAUGGAGUUUGCGAUAUCUUCGACAUCAUCGAUGGGUUGGUUUACAACAAUUCUAUUGUUACCAAGGUGUACAACGAGACGGAUGUGCUGAUAUCGAUUGUGAAACGGAAGCAAACACCUUUGGAGCUGGAGAAAACCUGCAUCUUUGCCGGGGAGGUUGUGGAGCUGUUCAAGAAUGCGCCCCAGUAUUCGAUACUGUUCAAAAAGUUUGUUCGCUCCUAUCACUAUCAUUUCGGGUACCAGUGCCGCCUUAGUGAUUAUGGACUGAUGAAGUUAGCGGAUCUGCUGGAAGCUAUCUCUGGGGUCGUUGAGAUGGAGCAAAGUAACGAUGAAGAUCGUAAAAUAUUUCUCAAUAACAGAAUUGCGAUACGGAUUUUCGCAGAACAAGUGCAGGACAUCAUAAAACAUUUUAACGGGAACAGCGUGUCGAUGAUCCGUUUGAGUGAAAUACUCAAUUACCACAAGAACAAAUACGGCUAUCAGCUACAGCCGUGCUGUCUGGGGUAUUCUAAUAUGUACGACGCCAUAAAGGCACUUCCAUAUAUGGAAAUCUUCGAAUCCAGCAACGAUUAUAUUGUUAUUUCGCAUAUGGAAGACCCAGCUUUUCGCCUUCGGUCCUACGCUGCCUGCCUUUGCAUUGUGGACUCACACAAGGACCGUUUACCGAUUGUCGAUUUUCUCCGAAGCUAUAUGACUAAAUUUAAAGAAAGCCUAUCCGAGAAACAGAUUUACGAUAUGAAGCACGCCAUAACGAUUGAACUAGAUAAGGGAAGCCAAACUGUGACGUUGUCAUCGAUGAUGAAGUUUAUCGUUCGCAUCAUACAGGUGCUCAAGCAGCGAAGUCCGAUCAAUCUGUUGGAUUUGAAGCAUGCCCUGAAUAUGUCCCUCUGCACAUGUUUCGAGUUUGGCUAUCCCAACAUUUCCACGCUCAUCGGCGCUUUCCCGGACAUAUUCACCGUUAGCAACAAUUACGUUCACGAGAGAGCCGAUGUUGAACUGAAUCGCGACUGCAUUUUGAGCAAAGCUUGCUACUCCUGCGAGGAAAAGUUUUCCCCCGCGGCAGGAGUGAUGUCUUUACCCGCCAACAUCCCCACCCCCGCGAGCAGUAAAAUGCUCGUUGACGAAAAUAAAUGUUCCUCCGUUUCGAUGACUAACGAUUUUAGAAAUUUAUUCUACAGUCGCCAGGAAGCGAUUGCCCAGCAUCAAUUACACCACCACCAACAACAACAUCAACAGAAACCCCUCCAACCCUUACAACCGACACAGCAGAUGAACCACCAACCGCCGGUUCCGUUUUAUCCGAACAACCGCUUCAGCAGUCCGAUGUUGAAUGGCAGUUAUAACCUGGCCGGAGUGCCAUCCUCCUCGGUUUCCUCUACGGCAAUGACCGCCAACUUGAUGACUAAUCAUAAUCAGACGCUGAUUAUGAAGAACCACAAUAAGGAAAACCUUUACUACGGGUACAGUGGAAUGCAGCUCGAACAGCAGACUCAACAGUAUCAACAGCUGUUGCAGCAGCAGCAUCAGCAACAAUCCGCAAACUCACAGACCAAAUUCGCUGCGAUGACCGCGAAUGUGUGUAGUGUUGCUGCAAAUAUUUCAACUGUGACCGCGAAUCCAGCGAGAGAAGGCCCCGAUCAGACCGCAAUGGUCAGUAGCAGCUCAACGGCGGCAGUGUCCACGACUGGCGGUGUCCUGCAAAAUUCUACGAGCAAACUGUACGAACGCAGACAACAGCAGUCAACGGUUUUACAAUAUCUCAAUUGUAACAGUUUCGGAUGCGGACUAUUGUCGGAGUUUUACGAGCCACCGAAGCCGGACACACCGCCAUCACGGAAUGUUCCCUACUGGAUCGAUCCGGUCUGGUCGAGCGAAUCAAAGGACUCACCAGCGGCAACUACUGAACAGCUCCUCAACAUUCCGCUGCCGGAGCUGAAGACGUACAACAAACUGCCGAUCAUUCUGACCCCGUAUGUCCUGUCGCUGGCGAACAGUUCGUCCUUUUCCUUCGAUCACGAUAAAUCUAAACAGAUUUAAACCUUGGAGAUCCCCGUCUGUUGUAUGGGAUACCAUUCGCAACGCACGAAAAGGAACAAGGACGCGACGAGGGCACGACAGGACUUCCAUUCUUUUAACUGGACCUUAGGUUUUUUUUCGUUGUUUCGAAUCUAAUGAUCACCGCCGACUGUUCCAUGUGUCACUUCUAUGAGCUUUCCUGAUAGAAUUGAUGUGUUAUUUGACACGUUGAACGUUCUUAACUGUCGUAGGUGUCAAUUUAUGAUCCGUUUACGAGGUUAACUCUUUUUUAAGGUAGAGUGUUUAUUAGUUGAUGAUAUCGUUAUUAUUAUUAUUGUUUAAAGAUAAAAUGUAUUUAUUUAAAAUAAUGAGAAAGGAGAAGAUGGAAAAUUUAACUGUGAGAUGUAGAAUGCAACAUGGUUAGGGAACUAAAAUUGAACAUUUUCCACAAAAUAAUGAUUAUGGUUAUAGUUUAACGUGAACUCCAGGAAGAGUAGUGGUUAGGACGUUGGAGUUGUGUGCUGUUUGUGAAGGAGCACCUUUAGGACUCAGUUUUAUAGUUGAUGAUUUGAAUACGUGUAUGUUUGAGGUGGAAUGUUUUGAAUCAUGUUUAUGUUUUAGGCCUAUAGGAGACUAUUUCGAAAUUGAGAUGAUUCCUGUUUAGAUUUUCCAUUUUUGUUCUUUCUGAUCGUGUUUGAAGAACAUAUGUGAACGAUUUAAUUAAUUGAGUAUAUGAAAUUGCAUGCAACUAUUAA